GAAUAGGGAAUUUUCAUCUGUGAUUUUAAUGACCGUAUUUGUUUGUUGGUUGCACUGAUGCAAAACAAAAGAACUGUACAAAUAGCUAUUUUCAUGCCACUCACCGCGGCUCCAUUCAGUUCCAAUUUUUGCGAGUUUGUGUGGAAUGGCAACAUCCUUAAAGAAGAAUCAUUCCCGUCGAAGGCUCGCCGCUCUCACAUUUCUCUCUAACAUAUCCCUCGAUGGAAGUCACAGGGAUACAAAGCUCGCUAUCCUAACGCGGAACUCAAUCUUCCACCGUAGGACACUGAGCGACACUCACCAUGACCAUGGAAACACUAUUCAUCAAAACGACCUUGAAACAUCGGCAUAUGAGGGUAUCGAUGGCUUAUCCAUAGAGCCGUUGAUGGUUGCUCGCAAAAUAAAUCCUGUGACAAAUUCUCCGCCGGUUCGUAAAGUUCAUGAGCAGCACUCUUUUAGUUCGGACUCUGAGGGCCCUUUAACUCCGGCCAAACUUGCCACUGCGGCAUUCGUAGACCAGGAACGAGCAGCAACUUUUGUUCAUUUGCCACCUGGAGUUCAUGGUCCUUUCAGAGAUCGUACUGAAACAACAAGUAGUGAAUACUCACUUCCUGAAAGACGUAUUGGAUCCUUGCAGCACAGAAAGAGAAUCAUUCAUCAAACAUCAACACUUUCAGAAGACAUUAAGCAUCAUCACAAUAGUAGCAGCGAAAGUAUCGGCUCUCUACGUUCGAAGUCUAUAUCACAGUCAUCUAGAUCAAAAUCAAAAGCAAUCAACAAUGUCUUGUCUAACUGUUCCAAUAAUAACAUCAUACCUGAAGUCACAAAAGAGCUACGCAUGAUGCAGCGACCUUUUAUUGGCCAUAAAUUUGGAGACGAUCGACUCAUCUUGGUGUCCGCUAAGAAGGUCCCAUUCCUUGUUUUCUCUGCCCUUCCAUACAACAAAGGACCUCGUACUGGCUGGUCUGAACUUCGAAAAGAUCCUGGGCGUAGGAGAAAUACUUCAGGUCCAAGACCCCUUUCAGCUAUCAAUGAUACGUUAGACCCAUUUGGUUUGUUAGGUAUAGAGCGGGGCAAAGAUGGCCAGGAGAUAUCUUAUGGACAACUUCUGAUACCAUCAAGGCAGUUUUCUAAGGAUCGCAAGGGCUUUGGAAAUGAUAAUGAAGCCAUAGAGCUUAUGCACACAGUUCCAGCUAAGCACACUGUGGCAGCAAGGACACAAACUAUAACUUGGAACGUGGACUGUAAACAAUGGUGCUUAUCGCAUGAUACUGCUAUACAUCGACCAUCGCACAUCAUUCCUGCAUCACCCCCGCUAUCUUAUAAUGCAGAUACGAAAGCUUAUGAAUGGGAAGAUAUGCCGUACAAUCCAAAUUUGUUAGACGACCCAGAGUUAAUCGCAGGCAAACAUCGUACGCUACUUACAUUUACGUCAUACAUGACAUCAGUGAUAGAUUAUGUUAGACCAUCUGAUCUUAAGAAAGAACUCAACGAUAAGUUUAGAGAAAAGUUCCCUCACAUACCAUUAACACUGAGUAAACUUAGAAGUUUAAAACGUGAGAUGAGGAAGAUAUGCAAGUUCGAAUAUGGCCUGGAUUUACUGACUGUAGCUACGGCAUAUGUAUACUUUGAGAAACUAAUUCUUCGCAACGUUGUGACUAAGCAGACAAGAAAACUCUGUGCUGGAGCAUGUCUACUGCUUGCAGCAAAGCUCAAUGACGUGAAGGGUGACGUUUUGAAAUCUUUGAUCGAGAGAAUAGAAAGUGUGUUCCGUUUGAAUCGCAAGGAACUGAUAACGUCGGAGUUUGCUGUACUAGUGGCAUUAGAAUUUGGUUUGCAUUUGCCUACGUGGGAGGUUUUCCCACAUUAUCAGCGCCUCAUGUAUGAGUCCUGACCUUCUCCUAUACCAUUGGUAUUAGUACACCGGCCACGAACAUUUUCUUCGUAAAACUAAACGGAGCUUUAACUACAAUGCAUUUUGCGAAUUUUCUAAUGUUUCGGUAAUAAUUGUAAGUAGAAAAUUCGAGAAGUGAUCAAAUUAUGAUUUAAACAGAAUGAUAAUCCGAGAAGUGGGUUUAACUUAAAUCCGGUGCUAAGUAAGUAAGGUAGCUCUUUAUUCUUUGUAUACUAUGCAACAUUUAAAUGUUAAUCUUCUGCAUUUUAGCUAAGGCUAAUUGUACAACUCGCAAGUUCAACUUACCUUGCUUUGUCGCCAACCUUAUACGACAGUUCACUUAAAUUUCUUCAUUAUCCAUAUUAUCACGAUAAAAGUACCUGCUUAUUGACCUGCGAUGGGUAACACUUCGAUUACCAACAAAUUAAUAUCAAGAAGAAAAAAUAGAGUACUUAUUUCUGAGAUAAGGCAUAUGCUCUUUAGUCAAUAACUUUAUACUCAGUACGUAAUAUGUAGUCUAAAGGUCUAGAUACUUGGAAAUUGAAUAGUUUUAUAUAUAUAUAUAAGAAACGAAAUGUCUACUGUUCAUUAGAUAUUACCUUUAUAAGAAAUUUUAAUGCGUUUAACGUUGAAAAUUGUUGGAUUUUCAAUAAGCUCAUGAAAAUUUGCAAAAAAAUUUCUUCUGUAAUUUAGCUGUUUCUGUUAA